AUGGGACUGGACGGGAUACCCCGCACUUGCCCUCUCUCACAACCGGCCAAAGUCACCCUCGGACCCUUAUUGGCGGAACACACCUUCCUCCUAACGAGCAGCCCAGUGAAUCUCCUUGGCAGAGACCUACUCUGCAAACUCAAUGCCACCAUAAAAUGUUCUGAAGAUGGCAUCUACCUGUACAUGCCCGAAGACUCUGUCCCUGCCUUUCAAGGCAUGGUAUUAGAGGAAAAAUUAGAUCGCCAGUUUCCCGAACUUCCCCCAGAACUAGAGAAUGAAUUACCUCCUUCACUGUGGGGCACGGAAUCAACUUCUGUAGGAUUGCUAUUAUCUGCCACCCCGGUAACGAUUACCUAUAGAACUGAUCGGCCCUUCCCUUGCACCAAGCAAUACCCUCUACCCAAAGAAGCAAUCGACGGACUGACACCUAUGAUAGAAGAUUUCCUCAGCAAAGGGAUCCUUGUUCCCUGUGCGUCACCUUGUAACACCCCAGUGCUCCCCAUAAAGAAACCCUCCACAGAAGGAGCCCCAGUCCGGUACCGUUUUGUCCAAGACCUGAGACUGGUAAACCAAUUCGUAAUACCCCGCCACCCAGUCGUGGGCAACCCUAACUCCCUCUUAAAUGCCAUCCCGGCGGGAACAACCUGGUACUCUGCAGCGGAUCUAUGCUCCGCCUUCUUCAGUAUACCCUUGGACCCCGCCAGCCAAUUCCUUUUUGCAUUUACCUGGGGACCCAGCCAGCUAACUUGGACAAGGCUGCCCCAAGGCUACGUAGAAUCACCCGCGAUCUUUUCCGCCAUAUUACACCAGGACCUACAGGACGUGUGCCUGCCUGCUAACUCCGCCCUCCUUCUCUACGUAGAUGAUAUUUUAUUGUGCUCUACUAGUGAAGAGGCAUGCAAAUUAGACACUAAAUAUCUCCUCUCAGAACUAGCCCGGAAAGGACACAAGGUGUCCCCUAAGAAGUUACAAUAUUGUAAACAGGAAGUAAAAUACCUCGGGCACAUCCUAGGAGUUGGUACCCGAAGCCUAGCCACCGACAGAAUCGAGGCCGUUACCAGAAUUCCCCUCCCUAAGACUAAGCGGCAAUUACGCGGCUUCCUUGGUAUGGCAGGCUUCUGCCGAGCAUGGAUUGCCGGCUAUAGCGAAAUAACGAAGCCUUUAACCGCUAUGACCCGCCAAGACCACCCAGAUACCUUGGUCUGGGAAGAGGAAGCUUAUAAAUCCUUCGAACGCUUAAAAAGAGAAUUAAGGUCCGCUCCUGCUUUAGGACUGCCAGACUACCGGACUCCUUUUAACCUGUUCAUCCAUGAACAAAUGGGAGUCGCCUCAGGGGUCCUAACCCAACCCUUCCGAGAUCAGGAAAGACCAGUAGCCUAUUACAGUCUACAACUAGACAACACCGCAAAGGGAGCAGUGAGUUGUUUAAGAGCUAUUGCCGCCGCUGCGAUCCUCCUUGAGAAAGCCCAGGAAACAGUCUUGGGACAUGAAAUUACCAUCCAUGUUCCCCACUCGGUCUCCACCCUCUUGACCUUGAGGGGUUGUCAUCACUUCUCAAACUCUCGCCUAAACCGAUACGAAGCCCUUCUAUUAACCCCAUCUAACGUCACCAUCAAACGCGUCAAUUCCCUGAAUCCAGCUACCCUAUUACCCCUUCCUGAUGAUGGCACCCCACACCACGACUGCGCUACCAUAGUCCGCCAAGCCGAGAAACCGCGGGAGGAUCUAGACCACCUUCCCUUAGAAAACCCCGACCUCAUACUGUACACAGAUGGCAGCUCUAAGGUCAUCGAAGGGGAAAGGAAGACAGGGUACGCAGUCGUCUCUGACUUUGAAGUCCUGGAAUCCAACCCAAUUAACCCACAGUAUAGCGCCCAAGCCGCUGAAUUAAUUGCACUCAUACGUGCUUGUGAACUUGGCGAAGGGAAGAGAACCACCAUUUACACGGACAGUAAAUACUGCUUCGGGCUCGUACACACAACCGGUCAAAUUUGGCUUCAAAGGGGCUUCUUAACUGCAGCCGGCUCCCAAAUUUCACACGCCGCCCUAGUAGAGAGACUUCUUACAGCCAUUCACUUACCGAGUGCAAUAGCAGUAGUCCACUGUAAAGCACACACCAAAGGGAGGGACCCGGUCUCAAAGGGAAACAGACGGGCUGAUAAAGCUGCCCAAAUUGCUGCCCUUCGCCCCCCAAAUAAUGAGUCCGAAUUUCAAGCCUUACAAUUACCUACAGACAUAGACGCAACACAAAUAUAUGAUUCAGCCCCAGAGGAGGAAAAAUCAAAAUGGGAAUCCGUGGGCGCAACUGAACAGAAUGGUAUUUGGACCCUCCCCGAUGGCAGGACAGUCCUUCCAAGAGCCUGGGUUCCAAAAUUAGUGAGAAUCCUCCACCAACAGACUCACUGGGGAAAAUGGAGAUUAAUAGACCACGUCACGAGGUCCUGGUACGCCCCAGGGAUAGCCACCGCAGCUACGGCAGCCUCCAAGAACUGCAUUACCUGCCAUCACUUCAACCCCAAACGUGAGCCCAAAAGGAAACCACCAGGAGCUAGACCGUGGGCCUUUGUCCCCUUUGAGAGUUUACAGCUAGACUUUAUCGACUUACCCCAAUGCCAAGGCUUCAAGCAUGCCCUGAUUAUAAUAGAUCAAUUUUCCUCUUGGGUGGAGGGAUUCCCCUGUCGAAAGGCCACCGCAUCGGUAGUCGCUAGGGCCCUCCUUCAAGACAUCAUUCCUCGAUAUGGGAUACCCCGCCGCCUAGACAGUGACAGGGGAACUCACUUCACUGCAGAAGUGGUACAAUUGGUGGCCAAAGCCCUCCAAAUAAAGUGGGACCUUCAUACACCGUACCACCCACAGUCCUCUGGUCAAGUAGAACGUAUGAACCAGGAGAUAAAAAUGCAACUGGGAAAACUCUGUAGACUCUCGGGGCUGAAAUGGGUAAAUGCACUCCCACUGGUCCUUCAUAAUAUACGAAGUGCCCCAACAGGACCUUUGAAACUUUCCCCAUUCGAACUUCUAUUCGGGAGACCCCCUCCCGUAUACAACACCUUGUUUCCUCUCUCAGAACUGGACGUGGGGGAGGCGGAACUCACUAACUAUAUUAUUCAGCUUCAGACACAGCUACUACGCCUCCACCAGUACGCGGCUAUCGAGGGACAAAACCUGCCUAUUGACGUCCAUGCCCACUCUUUCCAUCCCGGCGACUGGAUCCUCGUUAAGGUCUAUCAGAAGGCGCCGCUCCAACCUGCGUGGGAAGGUCCUUACCAAGUACUACUGACCUCCCCGACUGCCGUGAAAGUGGGAGAGAAAAACGCGUGGCUACAUCACACGAGGUGCAAAACAUCCCCACCACCCCAAGAGACGCUAGAAAACCCCGAGGAGGACUACGCCUACGAGACCCCACCCCACUCGCCGGCUACCUACAUCGACGACGACGAGGCACAGACCGGACCAGAUCGGGGCCAAGAUCGGGCUCAACAGACCGGACCAGAUCGGGGCCAAGAUCGGGCCCAACAGACCGGACCUGAUCAGAGCCAAGUUCCGACCCAACACGCCAGACCGGACGUUACAGCACCUAACUGGACGUCCGAGAUCGUCCCAGACUCCAACGCCAUCAAACUUCGCCUUAAGUGCCUUUGA